CCCACGCCGCCCUUCCCGCCCACGAAGAUCCACUUCAGGCUCCGCUGCUCGAUGAUGUUGGCGAGCGUCGGCUCCAGCGGCUCCACGUCGGGCGCGUCCUCGAACUCCUCCGCCUCCGGCCCCCACCCGCCCGCCGCCGCCGCCGCCAUCUUGCCCCGCCGCCGCCGCCGGCGCGCCCGCCCUCCCAUUGGCCGCCGCCCCGCCUCGCCCCGCCUCCCUCUCAGUUCGAUUGGCCGCCCCGCCCGCCCAUCCGCGCGAGGGGGGGGGGCGGUGCGAGACCGGGCGGCGUCGCCUAGCAACGCCGCCCUCCGACGUCAUCAACCGGCGCCGCCGCGCCGUUCCCGGCGUGCCCCGCGCGCGGCGGUCGGGGCGGACAAGAUGGCGGCGCGCGGCGAGGAGGGGGAGGCCCCGUCGCCGCCCCCCGGCCCCGGCGGCGGCGUGAACGUGUUCGCCAACGACGGCAGCUUCCUGGAGCUGUUCAAGCGCAAGAUGGAAGCGGAGCAGCAACGGGAACGCGAAGCGGCGGCGGCGGCCGAGGCCUCCGGCGGCUCCGGGCCCGGCCCGCAGCGCCCGGCCGACGGCGCGAAGAGGAGCGGCGGCGCCCUCGGCUUCGGGGCGACGCUGUCCCCGCAGCUCCGGCCGCGCGUAACGGUGGCAGUCUUCUGUCCCUUCACCCAGGUGGGCAGGCGGCGAGGCGGGAACAAGCUGGCCCUGAAGACCGGCGUGGUGGCCAAGAAGCAAAAGACCGACGAGGAGGUGG